AUGCUCGACCUCAGCUUCAACCAGGCCUCAGGCCCUCCUGUCACCCCUGCUGUCACCGCCUUCACUGCCCUCCAAGCACUCCAGCUGCACUACAACAAGCUCACCGGCCCCAUCCCUGCUGUUCUCGGCUCGCUGCGAGCGCUGCAGAUACUCGAGUUGGGUUACAAUCAACUCUCAGGCUCUCUGCCUUCCACCCUCGGCCUGCUGCCCUCUCUGCAAGCACUCCGCAUCCCCUUCAGCAAAAUCGCAGGGUCCCUGCCAGCCUCCCUCUCGCGCCUCUCAGCGCUGAGUUCGCUGCUACUGACGGAAAACCUUAUUGCUGGCCCCCUCCCCGCCAACCUCUCGGCACUCACCGCUCUUACCGAGCUGAAUCUGGCAAAGAAUCAAUUCAACGGCUCUCUCCCUGCCUCAUGGAGUGCGCUCUCCUCGCUUGUCGAGCUCAAGCUGUCCGUGAAUGCUCUCAGCGGCACGCUGCCAGCCUCGUGGAGCAAGCUCUCGUCCCUCAGACAGCUAGCGGUAGCCAGCAACAACAUCACAGGGCCCUUCCCCUCCUUCCUGUUCUUGCUGCCAAACAUUGAGGGAAUCUACCUAAGCAGCAACAGCAUGUACGGUCCGGUGCCGCCCAACAUCACCAUCUCCCCCAGCGUCACAACCCUGGACAUCGGGCUGAACUACUUCAAUGGCUCUGUGCCGCCCGCACUGGACCAGCCCGGCUUCAC